AUGGAAUGUGUCUACGCUUCAGGCUCCCUGGCCCCAUUGGAUCAUGGGAUUCCCACCUCUAACAGCGUUAUGGAGAUGGACUUUGCCGCCUUUGUUCAAGACCUACCUAAUACAUCUUUUGAUUUCCUACCGGAAUUAUUCCCACUUACCUCAGAUACUACCCAUAAGGUGUUGGGGUGCGGCGAACAAUCUCCAGACAGUUUGACCCUGGUCGAUCCCUCUCGCUUAUCCUCAACGAACCUGUCUAGCUACCAUACGGUCCCACUACCGUCCCCCGAGCAAAACAUCCAGCUGAUAAAUGAGUUCUUUGAUCGUUCUCAUCAUCUAUUACCAUGCAUCCAUAAGGAAACUAUUCUAAAUCGUUCGCGGGGAUCGCAGGGCCUAGCCUUAUCGACGCCGUUGGAAUGGGCCAUCUUGGCCACUGCCGCAAGGACGACUCGUGGCGCGAUGGUCUCUCGAGCAGACAUCUUUCUACAAACUGCCGUUGAUUCACUCGCGCAAAGUCCUAUUACACAGGAAAAUGUGUUGCGGGAUUUACAAGCAGCUGUGUGGUGUGUAUUUGCGCUCUAUCAUUCGGGUGCGAUUACCAAGGCCGUCGUGUUGCUGGCGCAGGCAUACUCCCUAGCAUGCUUGAAUGGAUUAAAUAGACUAGAUGACCCCAACCCGAAUAUGCUGACGACUAUACGGUUCUCCCCAUUAGAAGAGGAAGAAUGCCGCUGCACACUAUGGGCCCUUUUUAUCCUCGACCGGCAAAUAAACUACCUGGUGGGCCGCCACUUCGUCAUUGACGACAUGCUCUGGUGCGUGAAUUACCCUUUAGACAACCGGUCUCUUCAAAAUGGUCUACACAUAGACUUUGAAGGAUACGAUCGAGAUCUUGCAGCAUUAGCGUCGGAGAAAACCAACGUUCCAAUCGGAGCUGCUUUGACUCGUCUAGUAUGCAAGGCUAGCGUCAUUCUCGGCCGCAUUGUUACGUACAAGAAUAUCAAGCCUAUGCCUACAAGUGCGGACGGCGCCCAGAGCCGCCUGGCGGAAUUCCACGAGCUCCAGUCUGCCCUCGCAUGCUUCUGGCUGUCCCUACCACCCUACGUUCAUAAUAUUGCCGAAGUGCCACCUGAGAACGCCAGCCAAACUUUCUGGUUGCUGAUUGUCGCCCACACCUGCUCCGCAAUUCUUUUCUACAUCACCGAGGUAGAGCGCCGCGGCCCCGGAGGUGCCAAUCUUCCGACCGAACGGGAUAAUUUUAUUUGUACCUAUAAAUCCGUGAACAAGGUUGUGACUGGGCUUCGUCAGGUCUCGAGCCUCGCAAUUGAUGCGGUCUUAAACCCGAUGCUAGCACCGUCAUACUUUAUGUGUUGUCGCUUCAUUCUGGCGCAGUGGCGCCUAUCGCAGCAGGGGUCGUACCGCUUGGAUCUGAACCUCGUUUCAAAAUUGCUGGAACGAAUGUCCCAGGAACAGGCGCAACUGCCGCGGAUCUAUAAAGAUAUUAUUGACCAGGAGCUGGGUAGGCAUAUGCAGCCAGGAGGGGCCGUUGUUCAGUUCUCAUUACGUACGGAUUAUUGCUUUGUGAUUUAG